UGGUAUUCCCAUGUUUUCUCUUGUAUUUCUCUUGUAACACUUGUCCAAAGAAGAAUUAUUAAUUCUCACUUUAGAGUUUGUUAUUCAUAUGAUUUAGUUCAUACAGCAUAUGCCUUAAAUGCAGGACAAGCUGUAUUCCAUGUGGCUUUCAUUCGGAACGCUUCUUUGAUGCUUAUAUGUAAUGAUUCUGUAUUAUAGGCUACGUCUUAAACCCUUCAUUUUAGACACAGUGAUUAAGAUAAUUCCCAGAGAAUGUGUAAACAAUGACUAUAAUUAAAGUGUGAUAUUUUAGGUUUAAACAAGGUAUUUUUCUCUAAGUCAAGUUCAUGCUUUUGACAUUUUCAUCUUUUUGUCUUAUUUUUUUUAGUCACCCUUACCUCAAAACGGUGUAAUAUGACAGAGCUAAUCAUUUUCAAUUAUUUGGAUUCCAAGGGCGAUAUGACAUUACUGAUCUGUCCUUUCUGCUGUAGUCUGUUGAGACACCUGGAUUACUAUAAGCCGAUCAUGAUUAACUUUGAUGUCCAGUCGAGACAUCCAUAUUGUUCUCAGUACUGGCUUGUGAGACCGGUUGCCCAGUGCUGUUGCUGGAAUCACACUACCUAGAAGGUUUUGGAUCCAGCUUCACCACACUAGCGUAAAGUAGUGCCAUUUUUAAGUCAUGAUGAGUGGAGUCAGAAGUGUUCCUGUUGAAGAAGGCAGAGGCACCUCAGGGCAGACCCAAGAUGAUGCCAGGACCAGACCUACCACAAUCAUCAAUCUUAAUCCCAAAUCCAGCUGGGUUGCAUCGUGUAAACCUGGAGAUGGAGUGCGCCAUCAGUUGUAUAUUCCUACAAUUCUCCCUCAAAGCAACAUUCGCCCCGUUUCAACAGGAGGCAACUCCCUUCCUUUGCCUGACAUUAUGCCAAACCAGACUUCCAAACCAAGCGUGUCUAUUCGGCGCCACAAGAGCACCACAGAUUUACCCUACAGCCCUCAGCGUGGGUACAUGCGAGGCCAGAGACCAAGUAUCUGUGCCCCUACCGAGGCAGAGCUGGCACUUAUGAGGCGCUGCUCUUUACGUGAGCCAAACAUUCGGCCAUGUUGUCGCCAUGCUCUUAGCGUUCCCAACAUGACAUGUCCAAGCACAAGCCCUCUAUGCAGCACCCCAUCCCGCAGUGCUCUCUACACAACUGUACGGGACAUAGAGUGCAGUCCUAAAGCACGCAACAAGCUAAUAGAAAGUGAGAAUGCACAGACUCCAACUUGUCCACCGGAGCUUCGCGAACAGUGCCGUUACAUCUCCAAAGAUGGGAAGUGUAGGGUAGACUUGGCACAUAUGGCUGAGAGAGAACGAUUCCUGGCUGACAUCUUCACGUCUUUUGUAGAUCUUCAGUAUAGAUGGUUUCUUUUCAUGUUUAUGAUGUGCUACGCAGUCACCUGGUUUAUUUUCGCUGGGCUUUAUUCGCUAAAUGCAUUCUUGCGUGGAGAUCUCGAAGUUCCUGGUGACGCUGAUGUUUGCUACCCCAAUAUAGAUGGCUUUGUGUCAGCAUUGCUUUUCUCAGUAGAAACACAGAGAACUAUUGGCUACGGUGCUCGGACGGUCUCAUCACGCUGCUACGAAGGUGUGCUUUUGGUCAUGGCGCAGUGCAUUGUGGGCUCCAUGAUUGAUGCCCUUAUGGUGGGCUGCAUGUUCGUCAAAAUCUCACGUCCGAAGAAGCGUGCAGAGACGCUUCUUUUCAGCCGGACUUGUGUUGUGGCCAACCGUGAUGAUCGCCUUUGCCUUAUGUUCCGUCUCGGCGAUCUGCGUGAGAGCCACAUGGUGGAUGCCAAAGUACGCGCUAAACUCAUCAAGUCUCGGCAGACGUCAGAGGGGGAAUUUCUCCCGCUGGAUCAGUCUGAGAUCGACCUGGGCUACGAGAGUGGCUCUGACCGUCUGUUCCUGGUGGAGCCGCAGGUCAUUCAACACACCAUCGAUUCCAGCAGUCCUUUCUGGGAGCUUGGGCCGGAGGAGCUGCGGAAGCAACAGUUUGAGAUUAUUGUCAUCUUGGAGGGAAUUGUGGAAGCAACAGGAAUGAUGUGCCAAGCGAAGACUUCCUACAUCGAGACGGAGAUCGAGUGGGGAGCCCGUUUUGAGCCGUGCAUGACACUGGAGAAAGGGGCGUUUCGAGUGGACCUGAGACGCUUCCACAGCACGUAUCCCGCGCCUCUUCCGCCGUGCAGCGCGCAGGAACAGCAUCAUCACCUGCAGACCCUCCGAGUAGGACUGGAGCUCCAGGAAUCUCUCAAAGACAGUGUUAACUGGAAACUGGGGGGAGACGACCAAGAAGACGACAUUAUAAAACCACCAGGAGCAUGUACUUUCACGAUCCACAACAUCCAGGAGGAGCGAGUGUCAGAAAUCAACGAAUCCGAAUCUCUUUAGUUGUUAUACUGUUUAGUGCGAUACUGACGGUCCUCUUUCUCAGCGGUUCAGGGUCAGGUCACCAUAUGUUUUCGCUGUAGGCAUGUCCAGAAAUCUUUAGUAGCCUGAAUAAUUCUGAAUAUAAAGACUGGAUCGGUUAUGUCAUUUAACAUACUUUUUGAGUGUGUGCGAUCACCGCAGAGGUUGUUUUCUUUCCCUCUGUGCCAGCCGCGGCGCUACCAUUGGGCCCGGGUGGGCCUGGGCCCACCCAUUUAAGGUCCAGGCCCACCCAUUUUGGCCAAUGCCUAUGAGUAGUGAGUGAUUUUCAUUCUAGCGGUUCAUCCAAUAAGCAGCCCGAGGAAAGCUUUGAGCGAAAGCUUUUCAGCCAAUCAGCGGCUUCUACCCCACCAGCAAGGGAUCCAGUCAAAUGAAUGACGUUGGCGGACGUCAUUCAUUCAAGACAGACACAGACAGUUUUGCCGAUAUGCUGCAGCGCUGGGGAAAAUGGAUGGUUUCAAGCAAAGUCACCAGCCAGGACGUGGAAAUAUUAUUAACCAGCUGAGCUUCGAUGCCAGCGACAAAUCCUUAAUUGAUAGACAUAGACAGCACAUCAUGAUUGUUAUAGAUCUCGUCCUGUUUAGCAGCUUCAGAUUCAAUGCUGCUGUUAUUUCAUGUCGAUACAGUUCUUCUUGUCAUUCUGAAUUUAUAAGAAACCAUUAAAUAAUUUACACUGCGUGCCGUGUUUGUGUAAAUAAAUGGAGAGAGAAACAGAACCUCCAAAGAUAUAA